UUCCGGCAGGUGGCGGUACUGCGCACCUAAACUAAUCAACCGACAACACCAAAGAAGAAGACGUUUCACAGAAGAAGAAGCCUUUACUGUUCACGGACUGUUCGCCGUUAACGGACCGACUUUUGUGAAUGUAAAAAAAAUAUCACACGUUAUUUAAAGCGGAUGUUUGUUUCUGUAUUUUGUGUAGUUUUAGAAUUAAGUCGCUCGAGGGUUAAUUAAUCUCUCUACUUUGCCCUUUUCCUCUUCAGGUUAGCUUUGCUGAUUAGCAUGUUGGCUAACAGGUGUAGUUAGCUGACUGGCGCAGUCCCCCAAUCAGGGGACGCGGCCGUCAUUGACGUCGUCGGCACAGUCAAGCGGCUGGAGCUCCCGUGGGUUUUCGCCGUAAAGCGUCCUCCUCCUGCCGCCGGGAGGGCUUCAUGUUCAACCGCCUCCCCGCUGCCCUCGCUCUGCUCCGCCCCGGCCGCCUCCUGCUCGCCUCCUCGCCGCGGUCCCUGACCGGAGCCCGCCGCCCCCUCGGCGCGAUGGAGCCCGCGGCGGUGAGGUGUCUCCCCGGGGAGCCCAAACUCACCAUCUCCUUCCGCCUGGACGGCAGCAACAAGCACAUGCUGCGGGACCAGGACGAGGCGCUGGGGAAGGUCCUGGCCCGCAUCACCAACGGCAUCGCCAAGAGCCAGAAGGCGAAGAAGUCUAAGAAGAACAGCAAGGGGCCGCCGCGCCAGAGCCCGGAGCCCGCCGCGGUGAAGCUGUACUACGAGGGGCAAGAGGUGUCCGACGCGGUGCCGAACUCGGAGGCGUGGCGGGACGGAGCCGUGCUGCAGGUGGGAGACGUUAAAUACGCAAUACGGAGGAACGCCCCCACGUUCACCGCCGCGGAGCUCCCGGUGUCCCUGCUGGCCGAGUUCCCGGUUUGUCCCAAUCUGGAGGUAGAGUUUGGAAACCUGCAGGACUGCGAGUUCAUCUGGUUCCGAGAAACCUCCCCUAACGCAAGCCCUGAAGCUGCCGGAGAACCUCCACGCGGGGACGGCGGUUGGACGGAGGUCGGCCGCGGGAGAGUCCACGUGCCUUCGAACCAGGACGUCGGCCACCGUCUCAAACUGCUCUGCAUCCCCAAAGACGGUGCGCGGGCCGGCUCGACCGAGGAGCUGGUCUCAGCGGGGGCCGUGGAGGCCGGACCGGGCGUGUGCACGUUCGACAACCGGCACGCCUACACCGCCAAAGAGGCGGAGUGGCCGGCGGUGCGGGUGGUGACGUACAACAUCCUGGCCGACGUCUACGCUCAGACGGAACUCUCCAAGACGGUGCUGUACCCUUACUGCGCCCCCUACGCCCUGCAGCUGGACUACCGGCAGAACCUGAUCAAGAAGGAGCUGGCUGGCUACAAGGCGGACAUCCUCUGUCUGCAGGAGGUCGACAAGGGCGUGUUUUCGGACUGUCUGACUCCAGCUCUGGACGCCUUCGGUCUGGACGGUGUUUUUCGGAUCAAGGAGAAGCAGCAUGAAGGACUGGCGAUGUUCUACCGCAGGUCAAAGUUCCAGCUGCUGAGCCGUCAUGACAUCGUGCUGAGGGAGGCUCUGACCUCUGACCCCAUCCAUUCUGCGCUGCUGGAGAGGGUUUCUGCUAACAGCGCUUUGAAGGGCAAGAUACUGCAGAGGGCCACCGUCCUGCAGGUCAGUGUGCUCGAGGACCUGAAGAAAGCAGGCAGGAAGGUCUGCGUGGCCAACACUCAUCUGUACUGGCACCCAAAAGGAGGGAAUGUUCGUUUGGUCCAGAUGGGCGUGGCUCUGCAACACCUGAGUCAUGUGAUCAACGAGCACGCACCUGGAGCCCCCCUGGUCUUUUGCGGGGACUUUAACUCCUCCCCUAACUCGGGUGUGUUCCAGCUGCUCAGUGAGACUGCGAUUCCUCUGCAACACGCAGACUGGAGGAGCUCCGGUCCGGAGGAGUCCAUCAGCAUGGAGCUGCUCUCUGCUUUCCCCCCCUUGCUGAGCGCCUGCGGCCAGCCGGCCUACACAAACUACGUGGGAGGAUUUCACGGCUGCCUGGACUACAUCUUCAUCCAGCCGGACAGCAUGCAGGUGGAGCAGGUGAUUCCUCUGCCCAGCCACCAGGAGGUCACCACCUACGAGGCUCUGCCCAGCGUCGCUCAUCCCUCCGACCACAUCGCUCUGAUCUGUGACCUGCGCUGGAACCCCUGACCUUUUAACUUUUUUUUUUAACUUCAACCUACCUGGACAAAAAAACGGGUCACGAGUUGCUCCUUCUAAUACAUCCUGAACUUUCUUUAAAUUUGAAAUGAAGUGUCAACCUUAAAAGACCGGCACAUUAAGUGGGGAUCCAUAAAAGAUAUUUUAAAUUACAACAUGUCAUUGACUGUUGUGAUGAAGUCCGUAUUGUAUAUUUACAGGACAAUAAUGACAGAAUUUUAAUCACUGAUAUUCAGUGUUGGGGUUGUUAAUGGAGAAAGUGAUGCAUUGUUACAAGUUAUUAUUUCUGUGGGACUCUCCAGUCCAAGCAGUGCAUCAUUUAAGGUUAAUACUUAUUAUUAAUCCCAGUUCAUAUUAACCAACAGCGUUUAUUUGACUCCUGUUGGUUCUUCCUCAUUCUCCACAACAGAUAUUUAAACGCCAUUUAGUUCACAUAGACUUUUAUUUUCUCAAAUACCCAACGACAUGAUUAAUAAAUACAUAUUAAGAUUUUACCAAAGGUAUUUAUUGUUCUUAUUAUUUGGCCAAGCAAUUGGUUCUUUACGUCUUGAAUAAAUUGAUAAAGUUUGAGUCUACAUCGUAAAUACGAUUCUGUUUUAUUUCUAAUAAUAACCGCAGCAUUGGACACGGUGAUAAUGAUCACGGAAGGUGCUUUCACUUCUGUUUGGGUCCUUUCAAACGCAGCUUCCACGUUCCGGUUGUAGAAUUAAAAAAUGUUAUCAAGUUUAAGUUAAUAAAGAUUUUAUGUGGAACCUGUUCACUAACUGAAAAGUAAA